AUGCGCCAUGCCGACCUCGGAGGGUUAAGGCAGUUUGGAGGCAAGCGACGGAGUUGUAAGGAUCCCCCAGAUGAGAGCGGAAAUCAACCUGCAGCCGCAUUGCAAUCUGCCACCGAAGAUGACAUAAAAGCAGUGCACACUUUGCUCUCCUUGAAAAGUCGUGUGUUGAGGAGCUCUGGCGAAGCUUGGGAAGAGGCGCGGAAAUCGAGCAACCUCUUCAAACGGGAACUUCUGACAUUGCCUCCGAGGAAACGACUGGUAUGGGAGACAUUCCAUCCUCCGAAGCCAACUUUAUCCUCUUGUCUCUCACCUCCCCACACCGAAUCUGAAAGUGAAGAUGCAUCCGAGAUUUCUGUGCUCCCCCCGCCUGGGAAAUAUUUGCACUUGCUGCAUGGGAAUACGCCGUCUCGCUGUCCAAAUCCUUAUUUGACUGCCGUUGCUGUGUCUGUGAUAAAAAAAGCAGGGAAAUCAGCGGAAGACCCUCCGGGCUCCAGGGACAGUCGCCCUACGAAUCAGGGAAUGGAAAGAAUCCUUACGCAUCACCUGGAUGAAAAUGCGUGUGAUUUCUUCUCACUCCUCGAAGUCCGUGCCCCACCGACCCCUGGCCAAGAGCCAAAUCCGCAGCACAGCGAUCCGACUCAUCUCUUCUCUGAUUUAUCUUUGGGGAGCUUGAGCUUCCCUAGUUUCUCCCCCUUCUCGGAUGUCAGUGGAGACAAGAGGACGUUAUGCCUCCAAGGAGACGAUGAUCAGCAACAUAUCUUACCAGGAGACUUGAAAAGCCUCCUCCACGAAGAUUUGACGGCCCGAGGCCUAAUCAAUCAUCACCACAACCUACAACAGGCUUGUGCGACGUCGGAAUUGCACCUUGCUGGAGAAGGGAAUCGUCAGGUGCCAACAGAACUGGGGUUUCCUGACAUGAGUGCUACUUGGCUCAACAGUUUGGAUGCAAUCCUUAAGAACGAUGACGACUCACGGAUGUCAGACCUAAAGCAGUGCAUGCAUCAAUUACCGGGGAUGCAGCAUUUGGACGGGCAUCAGCGGGAUGAGAAGCCAGUCCAGGUUCCAAAAUCGGGGAUGGGGACCCAGUUCAUUCCGGUCUUAACAAUCCCUAUCGCAAGUUCGAAUGUUCCUACGACCAUGAUCUUCCCACCGACGACGACAACGGCAAACCCUAUAACGUCUCCCAGUGCGCAGCGGAUAUUGCCCAGCAGCGGAACGAAGAACGGAAGCUUAUCACAAUUCGUGUUUGUCCCAGUAAUACCUCGAGGAGAGAGUGGAAAUGGGAGAGAAACCAAGGUCAUUCAGCUCAUCGCUGCCCCGAACCCACAUUCCAUGAAUGCUCUCCCAAAGGAGGAACGGAAACGUAUGUUCGAAUGUACGUUCGACGGUUGCAGUAAAACCUACUUGAAGUCGUCGCAUCUCAAGGCCCACUACCGCACUCAUACAGGUGAGAAGCCAUUCCUUUGCUCAUGGCCAGGGUGUGAAAGGCGAUUCUCACGCUCUGAUGAACUGUCUCGACAUAAGAGGACACACACAGGUGAAAAGAAGUUUGUCUGUCCCGCCUGCCAACGUCGGUUCAUGCGGUCAGACCACUUGACCAAGCAUAUAAAGCGGCACGCUAAAGAGCGGAGGAAAAUGGCUUGGCAAAGAGAAGCGAAGAAGUUGCUUGCUCCCACACCACCAGUCCCACCAUUAUCUGUGGCUCCUGCUCCUUCCUCCCUGGUUCUCCCAUCCACAGUUGGAAUUGUUGUGCAAGCCUGCCCCUCAAAGGCUUAACCCCUGUACCAGACACCAUGGUCACUGGUGUUCCUUUUUUUUUUCCUGUGAUACAUUUUUUGGGGGGAUCUUCUCUUUUCCACAGGCUCAUGCAGUCAGUCAUGUCAAUUCAGUGUACAGUAUUUUGUGCAAGUCUAUUAUCUCAUUCAGGGCAGACCAUAAUAUGAAAAGUACAACUUCUUCCUCUUAGGAAGUUCCUCCACUCCCUCAUUUGUGUGUGCAAUAUAUGAGAGAUUGAAAAGUAUUUGAUUAUGAAUAUAUUUUCAAGGUAUUGGUGAUGUGCAUUCAAGAAGUGCAAUUCCUGGCUCAAUGUGUUGCCAUUCACAUGUGAUUGAAAAAAAUAUUUGCUCAUGAAUUUUGCUCCCCUUAAUCAACCAGUGCUACUUCAUUUGGCAGUUGUUUCUCUCUACUGCCCUCUUACGCUUAUUUGAGAGGGGACAUCAUGUAGCGGGGAAUAAAAUCUGAUUAGGUAGGU